GCUGAGCCACUCAGCCAUCUGGCUUCACUUUGUCAGUGUCCUUUACUGAUAAUAAAUUCCCAUUGAACCCUAUGGAGAGCUAUCUCUUAUUCUUUACUCUUUGGUUCACCACCUAUAGCUUUACCAAAUAUUAACUCGCCGAUGGCUUCAUCUCGUCAUAUUAAAUCAGAAGGUAUCAAUAGUUCAAGUAGUAAUAACAGUAACUGUAGCAACAACAAUUUAAUGUGCGACGAAGAAGGACAUUCACAAGGAUCCAUGAAGCCAACAAUUGAAAGAGGUGCUAGCUGGUCUUACAGUGAGACAAGAAUUUUACUUUCUCUUUGGGGACAAGAUAUGGUACAAAGACAAUUGACUAAUUCAAAAAGGACUCGCCAUGUUUGGGAAAAAAUAGCUGAAAGAAUUAAGGAGCAUGGAUAUGACCGAACAGCAGAUCAAGUUAGAACACGGGUAUUCAACAUGAUAGCAGAGUAUCGAAGAAUCUUGAAAAAUCCUACUCCUGAGCGAAAAAAGAAAUGUAUUUUUUUCGAUGCUCUUCAUAAAAUUUAUCAAGCAAAAGAUGCCAAUGGAGUCAAAGCGGCUCUCAAUUAUGAUGAUGAUUACAAUCUGGAACCUCUUGAUCUAGGACCUGAUGAUGGUACAGAUGAGAAUGAUGAUGGGAACGGGAGUGGAGAAGAUGGCGAUGAUCUCUUUUAUGCUAUGUCUCCAAACCAAAUUUCAAAUGGUGUCAGUGAUAAGCAAGGAACAUCAAGUAAUUUUAAAGAACCUUCUGCAUCUACUUCUACGCAUAAUAUGGAUAAAUCUAAAAAUAAUAUUGACCAUGAUGAUGGUUCUGGUGAUGAACUACCUCAUACAAGUAGAGAAGAAUCUGGUAAUCCAUCCAAAAGGUUACGGUCUGAUUCAAAUCCAUCAGCAUAUUAUCAACACAAUUCUGACUCCUCGAAUCAACCCAAUGCAUCAUAUGAGGGUCAACAUCCGCCAACUGCUUCAGCUCUUCUUAUUGAUAGGAUAUUCAAGCAUUUAACUAAAGAAACAGAAGUGAUGCGAGAAUGGAUAAGUUUGGAAAAAGAGAGAUUUGAGCGUGAAGCUACUAGACGUAAGGAAGAAAAUGAAAGAGAAGAAAGACGUGAAAAGGCUUUCUUGGAUACGUUAAUGAAAAUGCAAGAGCAUACGUUUAAGGCUUUAAAAAACAAAAUUAGCAAUGGUCCACAUGUAUGAAAAUUUAAUCAACUUGACUUGAGUAUAACACCAGCUCUCAGCUACUUGAGUAUUAGCCUCAUUAGAGGCUGGUGCCAAGAACAUAACAAGAGGUAGCACGCAAUGUUGAAUAUCUUUUUGAGAUAAGUAUAGGGAAAGGAGCAGAACGCGAUGGCGCCACUAACAAUUCUUUUAAUUUUUCUUUAAUUUCUUGAACUUUUUCAUCAAAAAAUUUGUUUACAUUUAUUUUUUUGUCAUUUUUUCAUCUAUUUCCGCACCUUUUCUCACUGAUAGCUCUCUCUCUUUUUCCUGCUCCUUUUCACUUCUUAUCUCUCUUGUCUAUAGCUCUCAUCGCCGUGCUCUUUCUUGUUAUUACUCUUAGGGCUGGUGGCGAUGGCGGUCUAGACGCCGCCAUACUUUUUUUUUAAAAUUCAUAUUAAUAAAUUGUUCUUUAAAUAAAAAUAAUGCACAAUCACUGUA